AUUUCACAAAUGCGCGCAAGUCGUUUGAUUUUGCUGUUUGAAACUUUUAAUUUAGAUAUUUAGAACGCUGAUUGAAUUUUAAUGCUGGUUCAGUGUAUAUGGCUUAUCCAGCUACUUGUUGAUUCUGUUUUGAAACAGUAAACAUUCAAAAUGGAAGUGCAGUUUGGUCCAAAUGCUCAUGAUGAACCGAAUCUGCUAUAUAAAUUACAACGUAAAAUCAAGGUGUUUGAUACAAGUGACGCACUGCAGAAUAGAGGGUAUAAUCUAGUGGCCAGUGCUAGUAAAUAUGGGGCUGUCUUUGUUGGUACACCAGAUGGAAAACUAGCAGUAUACCACCUCAAGGAUCUAGUUGAUAAGGAGUGCGAGCCAAACCACUUGCCGGUGCAGCUGCAGGAGAAGCCAACACACAUAGCUGUCAACAGCGAUCAUGAGUUGCUGGCUGUUACAGGAGGACGGCUGUUUGUUCUCUUCAAAGUAGUGGAUUUGCUUAACCAGAAUGUGUCACCAUCCAUGUCAGUGCAGUUUGACGUGAGCCCGUCCACAUUUGUGUCAGAUGUCAAAUGGAACCCAUGCAUUCCUGACACCAUUGCGUACGCUUUUUAUGAUGGCUCCCUUGUCAUAUGCCAGGCGGGGCAAGGGCAGGUUAAGAAGUUGCAAUCUACUGCGAGAUGCCUCUGCUGGAGUCCAAAAGGCAAGCAGUUAGUAGUUGGCAACAGUGAUGGCACGAUCUGCCAGUACAAGCCAGAUCUGUCAUUGAUGAAAUCGUUCCCUGCACCGAACCUCUUUCAAAAUGCACCCGUGGAAGUUUUGGCUAUAUAUUGGAUAUCAACGUUCCAAUUUGCUGUGGUGUAUAAAAAUGCGACGGAUAAUAGUAAACCAGCGGUAACGAUAGUGAACACCCCAAAAGGCGGGCAGCCAUCAUGUCUGAACUACGAAGAUGUGUGCUACAGUAUGGGCUCCAAUCGCCCGUGGUAUUACUAUCUCCAGGGGCUUGCUCCAUGGAAUGUGAUACUCUGUUCGUCAUCAAACAGCAUGGAAAUGGCCACACUUGGGACCACGGAUGGUGCCAGUUGGCUUCAAUGGUGUCAGUCGGAUGAAGCCAGGCCAGAAUUGCCUCUGACGGACAAGAAGCAAGAAAACUACCCAAUAGGAAUUACUAUUGACACAGCCGCCAUUCACCAAUUGCCUUGGGGCGAAAAUGAAAAGCUGCCGUUCAUGCCGACGCUACACGUAUUGUCGCAGACUGGAUUGCUGACCAUAUUCAACGUCAUCAAUCUGACCAAAGAAGCUCCUCAGAUCUGCUCGCCGGUUACUAUUGUCGGUACACCAUUCCCUGAACAAUCACAGCCCGUUGCCCCACCAGUUGCCGCUCCGCAGCUUAAACCCGCAGUGCCGCAGCCGGCGCCCGCUACGUCCGGCGUGUCGGCCGCCCCGUCGUUUGGAAUCGUGCCAAGUCAGCAACCACAACCAUUGCCGCAACAAACGCCCGCAGUGCAGCCGCCGAAACCAGUGGAAGUCCAAGCGCCGCCAGCCCCGGUUCAGGUCCAACCAAAACCAGCAUCCAUCCCCCAAAAAGAUCCCACUCCAGAAAUAAACGCAGCACUAAAAGCCGAGCAGGAGCUGGCUAAUCAACAGAAAGCAGACCAGGAAUUCAAAAACAUGUUGAUCAGAGAGGUUAAUGAGUUCCAGACCGAGCUGUACGAGUUCGUUACGAAGACGAGGAAGGCACAAAUACAGUUUUACCGCGACCUCCACGCGAUAGACACGAACGCAGACCUCCAAAACCUAGACGCCGUAACGCUGAAGAAAGAGUGCUCAGUUGAGGACCUGCGCAGCGCUAUUAUCGCACUGAAGCUAGAUCUAGUGCGCACAUGCGCGGUAGUCGCUGAGGCUAGGACACAAUCUGACGCUAAAGACCUGGACCAAUGGACCCAAGCGGACCCUCUAACCACGAAGCGAGUGGCGUCUGUCAAAAAACUCGCCUACUACAUACAAACCCAGCUCGAACAAGCGCACAGCUCGCUCAACUACAAGUGGAACCAGCUCGCUGAGCAAGAAUCCAAGUCUAACAAACCAGGCCCCCGCAUGAUCCGACCGAUCAUGGACGACGUGUACCAACCACUUGUGAAGCAACAGGAAAUACUCAGUCGGCAAGAAGCCGUGCUCAAGAUACUCAGAAACACGCUCAACGAAUGCGACGGCCCGGUGUAUAAAUCUACACCUAUAUUGAGGAGCACGCCUUUUAAAAAUAAAGAUCCACUGUCCAAACUGACCAAGAAUAUUCUAAACAUGAGUUUGGAACCCCAGAAAUCGGAGAACAAAAAUCUACUCACCCCUCAAAAGCUGGACGCGUUGCGCGACAUGUUGUCCAAUCACAAAACAGUAAAGAUCAAGCCAGUGAAUGUGGAGAUGAGGCAUCAUUUGACCACGAUGAGGAUGAGCUAUGAGAAGAGUUUGAGGGAAGAAAAGGCCAGAGAACAAGCGAUAAAGGCUGAACCAGUCAAAGUGCAAGUGAAACAAGAAGUGAAGCCUGUAAUUAAGCAAGACCCUAAACCAGUAAAAGAACCACCGAAGCCAGUGUUUGCCCCAAUAGCGGUCACGCCUGCUCCACCACCUACUAAGACUUGGUUCACUGAAGAACCAAAAAAAGAACCCCCCAGCCCCCAAACACAACCUCCACAAAUCGGUUUCACGAUAUCCAACACACCAACUGCCUCUCGCAACGUUCUCAAAAAUUUGCUCGAAAACAAACAAGUCACGGUCGAAGUGAAGAAAGAUGAAAACACUAUGGACAACUUCAUGGGGCAGAAGAUUUGUUCUCCUUCUAGUUUCAACUUUUCAUCAGUGAUAGUCGCAACACCUACAGCAUCAUCCUUCACAACGAAACCCAUAUCAGCACUUAAUAACAUGUUAAACCAAUUCACACCACCAACUGAGAAUAAAACUAUUGAAACUAUUGAACCAGUCAAAGAAAAGCAGAUGUCCAAUCUUUUCACUAUGUCAUCUAAAUCAAAUGUGCCAGAUGUCUUGGGCAGUUCUAAUAUGAUUACAAUCAAACGGGUUGAACCUAAAGAUAAAUCGAAAGAGAAUGUCCCAGCAAAGACAGAAAAUGUGAUUUUGUCAAUUCCUAAAGUGAAUAAAGAAGAUAAGAAGGAAAAUGAACCGAAACCAUUUAGUAUACAAAAUACGAAUAAACCGCUAUUUACUUCUGUUGCUCAACCGGUUGCGAUUUCUUCUGGAUUUAGUAAUAAAGCAGGUGAUAUACAAAAAUCAGACGAAGCUAAAGCAAAACUAGAAACAGAAACGCCGAAAGAAGCUCAAAAAUUUACAGCAGCUCCUGUGUCUUCAGCUUCCAUAUUUGCUACUGCUAAUGCUACUACGAGUAUAACAGGGUUUUACUUUUAUAACGUACCAUUAUUCUUUGUUUCAGUACCUAAACCAAAGUCAAUGUUUGGAUCUCCUGCAACAACAUCAACUACAUCAUCAUUUCAAUCAAUAUCUACUUCUAAACCUGAUUCUUCAAGUAUAUUUGCAGCAGCCAAUACGUCUACUCCGAAAACCCAGUCAAGUUCAAUAUUUGCUGCAAAUUCAACACCUUCAAGUGUAUUCGGCGCAAAGCCUUCUAUAUUUGGCACUGCAGCCACCACUGUUGCAAGUAGUACUUCAGAAAAUGCAGUGAAAUCAACUGAAAGCACUUCAGUGGCAUCAACGACAUCCUCUACAUUUGGGACAGCGAAAUCAGUAUUCGGUUCCGCGUUUACUGCCUCUGUUACUACCACCAAAACAUCUGAAACUUCCACACCUUCCAGUACCCCAAGUAUACAAGCUUCCUCAACUGAAAGCGUUGUUUCAACUGCGGCUAGCCCAUCAGUAACAACUACAUCGUCAAUAUUCGGUUCUGUAACAUCAACGACACAACCCUCAGUAUUUGGCGGUGUACCAACGCCGACUUCUGUAUUCGGCUCUUCCACUCCAUCUUCUGUUUUCGGUAGCGGUGCUGCAAAAUCUGCUUUCGGAACAACAUCCCCAGUUAGCACUACGGAAACGACUUCCACUACUAAAACAUCUACACCAAGCACUACAUCGUCAUCAGUAUUUGGAAGCACAACAACACCUACGUCUGUGUUUGGAACACAACCUUCUGUGUUAGGAGGCACAACAACAAGCACAACAACGACAACAACAACAACAUCCGUGUUUGCAACUGCAACAACUAAAGCAACCGACACUGCAACAACGACAGCAUCCGUAUUUGGAAGUACUGUCACCACUCCUGCUUCAGUAUUUGGAAGUACUACCACAACUCCAGCCUCUGUAUUUGGAAGUACUGCCACAACUUCUGCUUCUGUAUUCGGAAGCAAUACCACUACUUCAUCUUCAGCAUUUGGAAGUACAACUUCAUCUGUAUUUGGCACGACAACCACACCAUCCGUAUUUGCUACCGCAGCUAAAUCUGCAUUUGGCAGUCCUACUACCACCACGCAAAGCUCAGUUUUUGCUCCCACAUCAACCCCAUCUGUAUUCUCAGGAGCAAAUCAGAAUCAAUCUGUUUUCGGAACACCGUCUACUCAAGCUUCAGUAUUUGGUUCGCCUACGACACAGGCGUCCGUAUUCGGAAGCCCUGCGACUUUUGGAAGCACAGCAACAACUCAAUCUGUAUUCGGUACACCAACUACCCAAUCUUCUGUCUUUGGUAGUCCACAGACAACACAAGCUUCUGUAUUCGGCAGUCCGUCUUUUGGUACUCAGAAUAACCAGUCAGUAUUUGGAAGUCCGACAUCACCACCGUCAGUUUUCGGUGCUCAAACUCAAGCAUCUGUAUUUGGUACACCAACGCAAUCCACUCAAGCUUCUGUUUUUGGAACUCCUACUCAAACUACUCAAGCAUCAGUCUUUGGUACCCCUACUCAAACUACUCAAGCAUCAGUAUUUGGUACCCCUACUCAAACUACUCAAGCAUCAGUCUUUGGUACUCCUGCUCAGACCACUCAGGCGUCUGUUUUUGGUACACCUACUACACAAUCUUCAUUUGGCGGUGGUCAGAGCGUGUUUGGAACCCCGGCCACUACGACGCAAAGCUCUAUGUUCGGUGGAGAGUCGCUGUUCGCUUCAGUUAAUAUUUCGACGACCAGUGCUUCGAGUGGUGGGAGCAUAUUUGGAGGAUCGACCACCUCCCCAGGGUUCGGUAGCAGCAACACCAACGUUUUCGGCGGUAAAACCACUUUCGGUCAACCGAAUCCCGCCGCCGAAGCCAUUUUCGGCGGCGGUGGGAGUGGAGGCGGAUUCGGACAAACGCAACCCGCUAAUAACUUCUGGGGGAGCAAUAAUAACACCAGUGGUGGAUUUGGGUCUAGCGGCUUUGGUCAACAAGCCACAACGCAAUCAUCAUCCGUGUUCGGGACGGGCAGCUUCAGCGCCCCCUCGCCGCCGGGGCAAGCAUUUGGUUCGCCCACGUCGUCGACAGGAGGUUUCGGCAGUGGUUUUGGAUCUAAAGCUGUUUUCGGCCAACCAGCUGGUUUCGGCUCCCCGACCAGCUCCGGUUUCGGUGCGCCGGCGUCGUUCAGCGGCUUCAGCAAGAGCCCGGGCGGGUUCGGCGCCGCGCCGGCCUUCGGGGCCGCGCCGGCCUUCGGGGGGGCGGCCUUCGGCGGCGGCUCGCCCGGCGGCGGCGUGUUCGGGAGUGCAGCGCCCGCUACAGGAUUCGGCUCGCCGACACAAUCCAACGCCACGUUCGAGAGCCUAGCGACACAAAACACGCUCACGUUCGGGAACUUGGCGCAACAAAGCGCGCCCGCGCAAGCCGCGCCCAGCUUCAACACGUCACCAUCAUUCACGGGGUGGCGCGGCUGAUGACAGAUGCACAGAGGUCGUACUGUGCGCUUAAAACAACUCUUGUAACAUCUCAGACAAAUGUGAACGUGAUUCUUGUUAUUUGUAUCUAUGGCUAAAAAUGCGUACAUAAAGAGCUUACGUACUUUUGUUAUGUAUUACGCGUAAGUACAGGUAGCCAGUGACUAAUGGUACUCUACCUGUCCGAUUUCUGUGUCCCAUGCACAUUGCGUCUCACACUGUCAUUAAGCAAAAUGCGAGACGCAAAUACACAUUGGACCAAGAUAUUGGAUAGAUGGAAUACCAACAUAACUUAAAGAAUUCUUAAGCUCAGUGUGGACGCACUAUAAUGUAAAAUUAAAGGCGUAACCAUUGUAAUCAAGAUAGACAUUGAUGUUGAAUAGUGGCAUUGUAAACUUAUUUAUAAAUAUCCUUAAAUGUAAUGUGUAUGUAUGAUUAUUUUUAAUAAACGAAUUGGCUAAU